AUGUCAGCCUCGGCCAGCGCAGAGGCCGUGACGCGGGCGCUCCUGGCCCGGGCGCACUCGCCGUACGCCACCUUUGAGCCGCUGCGCGCGCUGUGGCUGGGCUACGCGCGCGAGGUGCUCGGCGACGCCGACCUGCGCCUCGGCGGGCCCGCCGCCGCCGCCAAGCUCGCGAGCGCCGACUUCCACGGCGCCGAGGUCGAGGUCGUGCGCAGCUCGUGCCCCGGCCGCGUGGGCAUCAGGGGAAUCGUUGUUAAGGACGCAAAGUACGUCUUUGAGGUGGUCACGAGGAAGAACGCGCUCAAGGUCGUGCCCAAGGAGGGCACCGUGUUCCGGGUCGAGAUACCCGUCGCCUCGGAUGCCCCCGGGGGUGGUGGCGCCGCGGCGAAGGCGGGGGCCGAGGUGGAUGACCAGAAGUUCGUCUUCGAGAUCCAUGGCGACCAGUUCAAGCUUCGUUCCGCAGACCGCGCAAACAAGAAGUUUAAGGCACAUUAUCUGCCAAACCUUUGA